GGCCUUUGUGGUUUUACCUAUGGAUUAAAUAAAAAAAAUUCUUUGAUAUCAUUCUCUGGAGUGCUGGACUGUUCGUUGGGAUCUUCCCAUUGCUCCUCAGCUUACACCCUCACUACCAAACGGUCAAGUGCUGGCCUGUGCACCUGGAGAGUCCGCUGGAUCCUUCUACUGGAGACUUGUUCUUUUGGUAGGACUUUUCUGUGUUCGGCCCGGACAGAAAUUUUCCAAGAUCUUAAGGGUCCUUAUUUCCUUCUGUUGUGAAACAUCAAAAAUAUGGCCAGUGUGUUUUUGUCUGAAGAUGAAGCAAACUCGAUUUUAAAGCGUUUUCCAAGAGCUAACAGUUUCUUGGAGGAGAUAAAGCAAGGAAAUAUUGAGAGGGAAUGCAGAGAGGAAUUAUGCAGCUAUGAAGAAGCAAGAGAAGCAUUUGAAAAUGAUGAGCGGACUAAAGAGUUUUGGAAAGAAUAUACCAGUGGACACCAGGACUCGAGCACAGACAGCAGUUGGUAUCCGUUCUAUCUUGCCUUCCCCCUGAUCACAGUAUUUUUUGUUGUCCUUUUGGUGCUCCUGUUGGUAUGGAGGUGUGUUUUUAAAAAGAAGGCGCGUCGCCGGACUGCUUACGCGCCCAGAGGAGUGAGAGAAAACACUACAGAGGAAGGAAAUGUCCACGGUGCGGGCAGCCAGCAGCAUUCCAAUGUGCUGUGUACUGUGGAGGAUGCCUUUGAUAGGGCUGGGCACCCAAGUGGAUUCCUAGAUUAUGAUGUACGUUCAGAUACCUUGUCAGCUGGAUUUUCAAACUGUGACCCUCCCCCCUCUUAUGAAGAAGCUACUGGAGAAAGGGGUGUCAGAGUGAGUGAGCCACAUCAGAGCCCGAGAGAGCCUCCUCCACAAUAUGAAGAAGUAGCCACAUGUGCCUCUGUAGUCACGAUACCUCGUGAGGUCGCCAAUGUGAAGUAACAUUGAAGUUAUUAGCGCACACUAUUUUUUUUUUAAACAUUUUUUUUUUUUUUUAAUUGCAGAUGAAGAAUUUGUAAGCACAGUAUUAUUUGCCUUUGUACAAAAUAUGACUUAACAUUUUUUUUAGAGAACAUGAGUGUGCAAAAGAUUUGGCAAAAAAGGAUUUUUAACACUUUAGAUGCUCUAGUGUGGAAUUAUAAUACUUGAUAUGGAAACAUCUUUUGGACUGUAUUCCAUUAAACUAAAAUAACAAACUGUAUAAUAUAGUCUGUUUUUGUAUUUUUCAUUUUUUGAAAUAAUUCUGUCCCUUGUGGGUGAUACUGGUAUUGCAAUUUUACCACUAUUAACCUCUGCAUUUUUAUGAUUUAAGAAUAAAGUGUGACUUUUUUUAUUUUUAUAUUUGUUCCUAACACUUGUGUUUUGUUUGAAAAGUGCAAUAUAUUUUGAAGAAAUGUCUCAGGUCACACUCUUGCCUACAAAGUAAAGUAUUUAUAUUCUGUUGAACUAUGAUUUUAAGACUUGGAUGCGUAUUGUGGAUUCUUAUGUAGAAUGAGAGUGUCCAAGUUCAUAUAGAAAAGGCAAAUCUUUUUUAUUUUAGUUAUUCUGCUUUGUAAAAAGGAAAUUUUAUGAUUAAAAGUUAAGAAUAUAAAUCUUCUGCAAAUGUUAUCAAGGUUUGUUCUUCCUUCAAGGUAGCUUUCAUAUUGAAGUUGUCUGGAAUAAGAAAACCCCUUAAGGGCCUAUUCAUAGUAGUGCACAGGAUUUGAAUCAUGAUAUGUUAUGUUGCCGAUUUCAAUGUAAACUAAUUGAAUGAACAUUUCAAUUGCAGCUUCAAAUCCUACCCAUCAGAUAUGUGCAGGAUACUGUACAUGUGACAACACCCUUAGAGUAGGGUCUCACACCACAAAUCCGCAGUGUAUUUCACACUGCAGAUGCUCUGAGGACAGUCACAGAGCGACCGCAGAGCCAGCUUUCUGCUGCAGCUGGGUAGCUCUGUGUGCCCACUCGUGACUGCCGGCGGGAAAUCCGCUGCUACAAGUGGACAUGCUGAGCUACCCGGGCACAGCAGGGAGCUGCUUUGCUAUCGCUCUGUGACUGCCAGCAGCUCAUCCGCAUCAUGAAAUACAAGCUUCUUGUGACCCUUCCCAUAAGGUGUAUUCACAUGUACAGUACCCUGUGCAUAAUUGGUGCACAGAAUUUUGAAGCUGCAGAUUUCAAUGUAAACUAAAUGACUGUACGCAGCAUCAAAUCUCCAGCUUCAAAUUCUGCACAUCAUAUAUGCAUGAAUACAUCCUAAGGGUAUGUUCACACAAGUGGAUUACAUGCAGAAUUUCAGCAGCAUAUUUGAUGCAGAAAAUCUGUAGCGGAUUUUGCUACCAUUGACUUCAAUGGGUCCGAAGGAAAAUUUUAAAAUCUGCCUCUAUUGCGGAUUUUCUGUUGACCCAUUGAAGUCAAUAGUAGCAAAAUACGCUGCAGAUUUUUGGCAGCAAACACGCUGCGGUCCUAGGGCCGGCAUGUUAUGCCACAGUCUGCGGAAUGUUUCCACGAAGAUUUUCCGUGCGGACAUUCCCAAGUGUGAACAUAGCCUUACACUACCCACACUAAGAGUAGCAUAACAUAGGGACAGACACACUGAGUGGAAUUUAUUAUUUAAUGUGUAUAUUCCUUUGUUAUUAUAGCCAAUAAGGGCAGUCUAUACCAUGUGUACAUGCAAAAAAAUUAUCACAAUGGAGCACGAUGUAUAAUAAAUUUUUAA